GGGUCCACCCUGGUCAGUGGCACAUCGCUCUCUGCUCUCCUCCCUCCGAUCCAGUUCCACUCCCUCUCCGGAUCACGCCCACAUGGCCGCUGCCGGCGCCGCCGGGUUCCGGCUGGGCCAGCGCGUGCACGCGGCGGGCGACCCGCGCCGCUCCGGCACGGUGCGCUACCUGGGCCCCGUCGACGGCCACUCUGGCGACUGGGUGGGCGUCGACUGGGACGGCGGCGCCGGCGGCCGCCACGACGGCUCGCUCGCCGGCCGCCGCUACUUCGCCGCCGCGGGCGACCGCUCCGCCUCCUUCGCGCGCCCCUCCGCACUCAGCGCCGGGAUCGCGCUCCCCGACGCGCUCCGCCUCCGCUACCGCGUCGACGACUUCACCAAGGAGGAGGAAGAUGAAAUGUACGUGUUCUCGACGAGCCAGAAGCGCGUAUCGGUGGAAUUGGUCGGGACGAACAAGGUCCGGGACAAGCUGAAGAACUUUGAUGAGCUGCUGUGUGCGUCUGUUUCAUUCAUGGGAGUAAGCUCCGCCGGAUCGCCAGAGGAACUACAGGGGUUGGUUCCAAAUCUCAGGCAACUUGAUUUAACAGGAAAUCUCAUUUCUCAGUGGCAAGAUAUAUUCUCUCUGUGUCAAGCUCUGCCAUCUCUGGAAGUUCUCGAUCUGACAAACAAUACCAUGGAGAAUGACUUUGUAGAAAGUCCAUUGCUGAAGAAUAUUCGUGUUUUGGUUCUCAACAACUGUGGUGUAACCUGGGAACUGAUUGAAAAGCUUAAAGUUCCAUUUGCAUGUCUCACUGACCUCCACCUAAUAUGGAACAAGCUGAACAUAAUCACGACCCCAGUUGGAAAAUUUGUGCAAGGUUUCGAUACACUGCGGCUCUUAAAUUUGGAAGACAAUCACAUUGUUUCAUGGGAUGAAAUGGUGAAACUUUCUUAUUUAAGAAGCUUGGAACAGCUCCAUUUGAACAAGAACAAGAUAAAGCAUGUAAGAUACCCGUCUAAUCUUCCAUCAUCAGGGCCUCUUGGUGAUGUAGCUGUUCCGGCCUUCGAAAAAUUGCAAGUCCUUUUAUUAGGAUCUAAUGAAAUAGAAGACUUUCCUUCUGUGGAUUCACUUAACCUCUUUCCAAGUUUAAUGGACGUCAGGAUUUCUGAUAAUCCUAUAGCUGAUCCUGCCAAGGGUGGUGCUCCUCGAUUUGUGCUUGUUGCUCGACUAGGAAAUGUUAAAAUACUAAAUGGCAGUGAGGUAAGUGCACGUGAACGGAGGGAAGCAGAAAUACGAUACAUUCGCCUUGUUAUGGGAAAAGCAGAAUCAAGUGACCCAGAAGUGCUCAAACAGCUACACCCUAGGUUUGCUGAACUGAAGGCCUUUCAUGGCAUUGAGGAUGAGAAGCCAACUUCAAGGACGUCAGGCCCACAAAAGAUGGCUUCUGGGCUUAUAAGUAUCACCUUGAAAUGUGUGGGGCCAUCCAUGGGUGAGAAGCAACCAUUGACAAAGAAACUGCCUCCUGCAACUACUGUUGGAAAGCUGAAAUCUUUGUGCGAGAGCUUCUUUAAACUGAAGGACAUCAAACUGAGAUUAUUUCUUGAAGAAGAGGGAUGCCCACUACCACAACUACUUGAAGAAGAGACGGCUUCGCUUGUGGAGCUUGGGAUAGGCACAGGAGCAACUAUUAUCGUCGAUGAAGAAAGCUAGUCCUCUGCUGGGAACAGAAGAAAGAACAUAUGUAUUUGUGUGCACGGAUACCACACUAUGAUUACUUUAAAAGAACCAGUCUUCUUUUUUCUGUUCAUUUGUUAGAGAAAAUGUGGUCUUCUUGGUGUGAUGUUAUAUUUGUUUAGACAUGUGAGAUGCUGUAUUUUAUAGCUGUGCUGCUGAAAACAGAUGCUGUUUUUGUAGCUCUUUGUGAGGGCAGAUAGAAAAUCAGCUUUAUCCUUAUCCUCA